UGUCUAAUUUUCUUUCCUUCGUCAAUAUUAUCACUACUUCGUUAUCAGUCUCAUAUAUUCUAUAUCAACAAUAUUUCAUUAUUCCAAGCACAUAGCUCCUAGCGCAGGGGAAAUUAUUUGACGCAAGGCUGUGUAUAACAUAUUUCUACUUGAAUAAUACGCAACGCAGUAUGCCUGAAACGCUACGAGAUAAAGCAACAAAAAAGCUACAAGGCCCUGACGCCAACCCAAGCCAGCUCGGUGACCCCAUCAGCAUCAAGGCAGAGCAAAGUGAUACCAUACCAACUAAGCAAGAAGAGGGUGCUACUAACGCUUCAGAGUCACCCUCUCGUGAUUACAAACAGAGCAGCAAAAAUAGCAAGGGCAAUGGGAGCAGAGAUAGAGAGACCCUGAGAGAAAAGGCAGUGAAGAAGCUCCAAGGACCUAAUGCCAAUCCAAGUCAGCUAGGCGACCCGAUCAGCCUCAAGGCCGAGACAAGCGACUAUAUUCCUACUGGCGGGGAAGAGGGGACUCGCAAGAAAGAUUCGAAGCUGUAAAUAUACACGGUUAUACCGGUCCAUCUUGUAAUAGCAUAGACAUCACAUACAAGUCCAUAAUAAAAAUUAAGUAAAUAAAUCAAAGUCACCACGUAUGGCGUAUGUGUAGGUACAUACCUAAAGUUGAUAAGACGAAGACUUAUAUCAUGGUUCAUGUUAGUAAAUACGAAUGCGCCGAUGUGCUUUGGAAUCAUUUCAAUCUGGUCCAGCAAGAUUUGUCAUGAUACCAACGGACGAACGACGCACGAUAAACCUAAGAUUCGCUCCAAUCGUAAGAGACUAAACCUAACCAAACCACGCGCAUACCUAGGUAGGUACCUAGGUAGGUAAGAAGUGCAAAAGGUGCAAUAAUAUGGCGUAAUAGUAGUACAAGUACAUCAU